CCCAAACGCAUACACACCACACACACUCAAAAGCCAAGCACGAGUUGAUUCUUGACUUGACACAUUUUUUGUGAAAACAAACUUUAAAUCAAAAAUGUCGAACAUAAAAGUUUGUGUUAAAAUACGUCCGCUGAGCGAACGUGAUGUUAAACUCAAAAAAGAAGAGCAAUGGAAAGUGGCCGAUAACAACUCGCUGCAAUGCAUGAACAUCGCGCAUCCGUGUAAAUUUACAUUCGAUCACGUAUUUGGCACGAAAUCCCCCAAUUAUGAAAUGUACUUAUCGAUUGUGAAGCCCAUCUUCGAGUCAUGUUUGAUUGGGUUUAAUGGUGCAAUAAUCACCUACGGUUCGUCAUCAGCAGGGAAAAACUACACAAUGCUUGGGACAAAUAUGGAUCCUGGUAUUCUUCUGGCUACAAUUGAGCAAUUAUUUAUAAAGAUUGGCGGAUCUCCUCAUCACACGAUCAGAUUUGGCUACAUUGAAAUUUACAAGGAACAGAUCUGCGACCUGCUGAACGAUCGCAAACCGGUUUGGAUCGAUCAAAAUAAGAAAUUUGACUUUAUGUUAUCGAACGAUGAGAUUGUUGUCGAAAAUUUUGAAAAAGCUGCGGAGAUUGCGUUCAACGGAAGCUUUAAACGAAAAUCAGCAAAGGAUGAUGGCAGCAAAUUGUCGAGUCUAUCACAUUCAAUUUUUCGAAUUACAAUCGAGUCCGAAGACAAAACGAAUGGCAACGUACAAAUCAGCUGUUUGAGAUUUGUUCAUGUAGCUGGUGGUGAACUGAUGACUGAAGUUCCCUUAUCAGAUACCAUGGAAUCCGUGAGCAACAAGAGUUUGUAUUGGUUUAACGUUGUGAUCGAAGGACUGAAUAAAGGCGAGAAGAACAUCAAUUUCAACAACUCCGUCUUGACGGCGUUGCUUCGUGAACCGCUGACUGGCAAAUCGAAUACGGCGAUUAUUUGUAGCAUAAGACCAGAUGAUGUCGAGGAGACUAUUUCCACGUUGAGAUUUAUUAUCCAAGCCAAAAAUAUCCGAACGUUGCCAAUGCGUAAUGAAAUGUACAACGUCCGAACAAGCUUCUCUCCAGCGUCAGCUAACGAAGCUAACUAUAGCCAAUUAAUUCAUCUCGAUAAUCCACUCAAACAAAUUGCGAACCUGAAAGUGGAAAAUUUACUCCUACGCCAUGAUCUCGAGGAAGAAAGGGCAGCUGCUGCAGUGAGGAAAAAAUGGUUUGGAGAGCAAAUGAAAAGCGCUGAAUUUGCUUAUCUAAAAUUAGAGCACGCCCUGUCGGAGCAACAGCGAAUCCAAAGCGGACUGGAACUCAAAAUUGAGCAUCUGACUGACUCGAACGAACAAUUGCUGGCGAAAUUGGACGAAUUAAAUAACGGAACUUCGGUAUAUACCCACAAACCGAGUGAGUCUGUAGUCCUUCGCAAGAAUGGAACCUCAAAUUUGAUGAGAGAAAGCGCUAAAUCCGUGGAUAAACAUCACCUUCACAAUGAAAUCGCAACAGGAACGAAACGAAAGAAUAGAGAGAGUUCAGAGAGUGAUUGGUCGGAAACCAGCAAAACGCAGAAAUGUGAAUUGAAUUGCGAUAAAGCUGAUGUGGAUCCAUCACCAUCCACUGGUUAUACUAGAGUCCGCAACCGUGACAAGUCAGAAACGUGUACAAUUACCGUACGAAAUGCUUUAGUUGGACGUUUAAUGGGACGUGGUGGGUCUAUAGUGAAUAACAUACGUAAUGUUACUGGUGCAUCGAUAAAAUUUUCCGAACGGAAUGGAGAGCCCGUCAGAAAUGUUACAGUCAAUGGUAACUCGUGCGCAGUUACUAAGGCCGUAGACAUGAUCAAGGAACGGCUGGAACUCGACAAUUGAAUCAACAAAGAUCAGCUGGAUGGUAUUGGCUAAAAAGUCUUCCAAAUUUUUUACGUGUCAGAGAAAACAUUUUUUUUUGGUAUAAUGUUGGUUGACAUUCGAUGAAAUAAAUAAAUUUCGACCAAAGAAAAAU